GAGGACUUCCUGGUUAGGAGCCAAUAGCAUUACAAGCAGAAUGCCACAUGGGGUGCUCAUUUCCUUCUGAUCUCCGACGUUCAGUGUGUGGGACUUGCACAGAGGCAGCAGAGAAAGGUGCACUAUGGGCCGCCUUGACGGGAAAGUGAUUGUGUUGUCUGCCGCCGCACAGGGGAUUGGACGUGCCGCAGCAAUAGCAUUUGCAAAGGAGGGAGCUCAAGUCACAGCAACAGACAUCAAUGGAGAGAAGCUGAAAGAGCUGGACAGUAUUCCAGGGAUCAAGACCAAGGUCGUGGAUGUAACCAAGAAGGACCAAGUGGAAGCCCUGGCCAAGGAACAUGACCAUGUAGAUGUGCUGUUUAAUGUUGCUGGGUUUGUGCACCAUGGCUCCAUCCUGAACUGUGAAGAGGCUGACUGGGACUUCACAAUGAACGUGAACGUCCGGAGCAUGUACCUCAUGUGCAAGGCUUUCCUCCCCAAGAUGUUGGCAAAGAAGUCAGGAAACAUUAUUAACAUGGCAUCUGUUGCAUCAAGCAUAAAAGGUACUGUGAACCGAUGUGUCUACAGCACCUCCAAGGCUGCAGUGAUUGGGCUCACCAAAUCUAUAGCAGCUGAUUUCAUCGAGCAAGGCAUUCGCUGUAACUGUGUUUGUCCUGGCACUGUUGACACUCCAUCACUGAGGGGUAGGAUCCAGGCCCAACCUGACCCAGAACAGGCUUAUAAGGAUUUCAUGGCACGACAGAAAACUGGCAGAAUGUGCACAGCUGAGGAGGUGGCGUACCUGUGCGUAUACCUGGCCUCAGAUGAGUCUGCCUAUGUGACCGGCACGGAGCACAUCAUGGAUGGAGGAUGGUCACUGUGAGGAACUGCUGCAAGCUCAUCCUGACAGUGGUGGAGACUUCUAUAAUAAAGUGCACAACAUUUGAUUUGAUCAUGUUUUGAUUUUGCAUAUUAUGUUUACUGAUUCUGUGGGAGACAUUACCCAUUUUCCAACUACAAUGUAUGCUGCAAAUGUGUGCAAAUAAAUUGUAUCACAGCUACAGUG